CCUCGUCACGAUAUGAAUGAUCUCAAAUACAACGAACAUCACCGCCAUCGAAGGCACGGUAUCCUACAGAAUAGCUUGGGCUGGUGUAACAGGUGUUGGGUUGACCCUUCGAAUUGAGGCUUUCUGCCAAGCCAAAUUCUGCGGCGGCUCAAAGUUCUCGAGGGUAACUAGCCGCGACUUCACCAACACAACAACACCACCACCGUCGGCGUGACGCGUCCAUCAUCAUGGAACGCGCAUAUCGCGUCCUCCAGCAGCUUCAAAAGGAUGGGGUGAUGACUUCCGAAGCCGCCCGGAUCACGCGCCCCAGCAAUGUGAAUGAGGCACGAGCGACCUUUGGCGCAGCUCUUCGGCUCGCUGGUCUGCAAUCGUACAAGGCAGACGCCGUCACUGCCCAAGUCUGUAAGACGUGCAAUAUAUGCACCAUUGAGAACAUCCAGCGUUGCAAAGAACAGUUUAUACACUACAUCCUACCCUCAUCACAGGCGCGCAAGGUAUACUUCAAGUACCUGCAGACUUUGUGCAGAUUGUUCGCUCCCGGAUCCUGGAAGUUGAAAGCCGCAUCAGGACUUGAUGAGGUCCUUGGCCUUUCCGCUGGUGGCGCCACAAAUCAUCUGCCAGCAUCGCAUGCGAGACGAAUACAUACGCUUUACAUCAUCAACGAACUACUGGUCUCCCUUCUCGAGUUGUCGCGGCAAGACUCGAAAGUAAGGCCCCGCCCCACUGCAGACGAGGAGCGGAAAUACGCGCGCGAAGCUCUCGAUUCCGCCAAACAAUGCUGUCUUGACAUUUUCGAGGAGGCCGCCUGCAUAACGCCGGGAGAAGCGGCAAAGCCGAAGAAUGCAUUGAAUGAUAUCCUCAGCAAUUGGACCCAGAUCGUUACCCAAGUCUUCACGAAAUCAGACAUCGACCGACUUCGAAAAAUAGCAGAGAAUGCCGACAACCGCAAGCACGAUCCGAGCCUGAAGAACCUUGACCUCACAACACAUCUUCUCGCACAAUCGGCGCAGAAAAUGAGGCCCGCAUUGAGGAAUAGGCAUGGUGUGAAGGAUGACCCAGACGCGCCAUGGCACCUGCUUCCAGCGGCAAAUGGGUUGAAGUUGCGGGAGGAACGUGGCUACCCGCUGCUCUCACGUGCUCUGCCUCAUGGCGGCUAUCAACUCGUCAAUGGAGGCAAGCCAGUAAACGAACAGACUCGAAAGGAAGCAGAAGGACUUCUCAGCGAGAUGCUUCACUGCUUCGAUACACACACGAAAGCAGACGAGGUCCAGGACAUCGAUGCAUUAGGCAACAAAGUCUGGAAGGACCCAGAGCGUCCUACACGCAAUUACUGGGGCUUCACGGAAGAGGGUCUACGCAAAAUGAAAGAGAACAAGAAAAUGUUCAACGCAUCAGCCAAAGGCUACGCCGACAUCCCGCCGCCAGAGCGUCCGAGAUACGUCCGCAACAGCGAGGUGGAGCGUGCGAGAGAGCUGGCGGCUUCUCGAGGACGAGGAGGCCGUGGUGGAGGCUUCCGUGGGCGCGGCGGUGGCGGCGGCUACCGUGGACGUGGGGGAUAUUAGCAAGAUCCCUCAGAGCCAUGGAAGUUCGAGCAGCAACGCGCUCAGCGCUCAAGGAGCUAUCGAGGCCAAGCAGAUCGCCGGCCGUAGGUAGCGUCCAAGUUGACAACAAAUGGAGACACCCAUGUCGAAGUUCUCCCCCUUGCCCUAGCUCCAUUUCCCAUCAGACUUGGUAGGCAUGUUGCAGAAAAAGGACAAGCGAAUUCAAUUACUCACGAAACAGAGUCUGGUGCCAGGAC